AUGUUGAACAAGAUCAAGCUCCAAGAGGUAGUGCCUGAGAUUGAAUUCAGACACAUUCGCUCCGGUGACAAUCUAGCGGAUCGUCUUACUCGGCCCUGUGGGAAUUGUGAGCCAGUCCAGUGUUCAUGGGAAGCUGUGUGCAGUGCCUUAACAGAUGACUGCCUCGUGGACUUUAACCUCAACGAUGGUUCCUUGGGUACCGACGACAAGCAAGAGGAUUUGUCCGAUGAGGAUGACAUUGAAGAAGCCCUUGUGAUCAAUGAGAUGUCUUGCUGUGUUGCUACUCAAGACACAACCGCUUCCUGGAUAGAGCAGUUCUUGCCACGUGUUAAGGUGUCUCAAUCCGCCGAUCCUAAUUGUGUAUCUAUUAUGUCCAAGCUACGAUCUGACCCGUCCUGUUCUCAGUCUAAGUUCUUCCAUCUUGAUGAUGAAAAUGGUACUUUGAUGAGCAGACGAUGGAAUUCAGAUGAAGACGACACUUGGGUGGUAUACAUUCCGGAUGACGACAAGCUGAAGGAUGAG